GGAAGUUACCUAACUUACCUAGCUACCUAACUACAGUCAUGAUGAGUUUCUGAUCUCAGUCUGACCUACACAGACAAGAGAGACAGAAAGAGCAAGAAUCCUGUAAAACAUUCAUUUGGGAGAAAAGAGCCUUCACUGAAACAGUAUGUCUCUGUCCACCAGUCUCCUGUCGGAGGACCAGUUCACCUGCUCCAUCUGCCUGGAUGUGUUCAACAACCCGGUCUCCACACCGUGCGGACACAGCUUUUGCCAGGUGUGCAUCUGCUCCUACUGGGACAGUAACGGCAACAAGGCCUGCCAGUGUCCCCUCUGCAAGGAGAGCUUCCGCAAGCGCCCCGAGCUGCACAUCAACAGGACGCUGAAGGAGAUCACCGAGCAGUUCCAGCGCAUGGCAGAGGCGGGGUUGGAUGUAGGGGGAGGACUGGGAGGGGGAGGGUCCGACUUGCGCCCCCCCGUACCCCCGAGACCAGGAGAGAUGCCGGUCAGCGUGAUCGCUGAGAUGAAGAAUCGCUUCCAGCGUCCUGCGACGUCACGGACCCCCCCGCCAGUCUCCUACCCUCACCCGUCCACCCCGCAACACACACUCCCGCCCCCAACCUCCCCCGGCGUGGCCCAGCCGUCACAGAGGAGGUUCACCCUGAGUGGGCCGGCUGACUCAACCCCCGACGUCCCGCUGUGUCCCGCCCACCUGCGCGGGCUGGACUUGUUCUGCAGGACAGACCAGACGUGUGUGUGCGCCACCUGCGUGGAGACGGAGCACCAGAGCCACAUGAUCUUACCUGCCAAGAGAGAGUGGCAGAUCAAGAAAUCCCAGCUGGGCAUCACGGAGGUGGAGCUGAGGGACUUGAUCACUGAGAGAGAGAGGAAGGUGGAGGAGAUCAAGACUUGCCUGCAGGACAUACAGGUGUGUGCGGAGCGGGAGACGCAGGGCACGGUGCAUGUGUUCACCUCCCUGGUGGCCAGCGUGCAGCGGUGCCAGGCGGAGUUGCUGCAGUUGGUGGAGACGGCCAGGAGGGCGGCGCACCACCACGGCCAGGCACUCCUCAGGGAGCUGGAGCAGGACAUCUCGGAGCUGAAGAAGAAGAGCAGCGCUCUCACACAGCUGGGACAGACGGACGACUGUGUGCUCUUCCUCAGGACUUUCCCCACAAUCGCCAACCCUCUGCAGACCAGGGAUUGGUCUGACGCCAAUGUGACUUCUGAGCUCUCCUCGGGAUUGGUGCUCCGAACUGUCAAUCAAAUGGUUGAGCGUUUCCAGGAAGAGCUGAGGAGACUGCCUGAGAUCUGUGGCUCUGUAGCACCAGCAGGUUUACAGCCACCAACAGACCAAGCUGUCUCCAGACAUAACCCAAAGGUGAGGAAGGUGCAGGAAUAUGCAGCUGACGUGACGUUGGACCUGGCCACGGCCCACCCCCGCCUCCUCAUCUCUGAGGACAGGAAGCAGGUGCGCUGCAGUGACCAGUACCAGCCCGUGCAGGACGGGCCGCAGAGGUUCAACCGUGUGGUCUGCGUUCUGGGGCAACCCGGCUUCUCCUCCGGACGCCACUACUGGGAGGUGGAGGUGGGAGGGAAGACGGACUGGGAUGUGGGCGUGGCCAGCAGCUCCAUCAACAGGAAGGGGAAGAUCACGGUGAGCCCUGCCCACGGUUACUGGUUUCUGUCGCUGAGGGACCGGACGGACUACGCCUUCCGCACGGAGCCCUCCACGGCCCUGGGCCUGACCACCAGACCCGGCAGGCUGGGGGUGUUCGUGGACUACGAGAAGGGCCAGGUGUCCUUCUACGACGUGGAGGCCAAGCUGCUGAUCUACACGUACACGGAUCGCUUCUCAGACACCAUCCACCCCUUCUUCUCCCCCUGCACCAACAAGUCCGGCUGCAACGAGGCACCGCUAGUCAUCUGUCCCGUCUCGCUGCCUGACUGAGGAUUCUGCGAUGGGGGGCGGAGGGUUUUACUCAUAGUUAGAAGUGGAUGAGGUCAAUCUAGAUGUUCCUGGUAUAUAGUUAUAUUACAGUAGUCCGUCGGUAAUACAUUCACAUCCCAAUAGUCUGUAGACAGGUCUUGUAUGAAGGAGUCUCGUGCCAGUGCUUGAGCACCUGACCUGGUACAGACAGGUAGAGGCUGACAUCUAGUGGACAUUUAGUGUUUUGCAUUGGGUUUGGAAAGGGGGGUGGAGGAGAAGGAAGGAAGGAAGGAAGGUCAGAGUAUUGACAUGUACCCAGAGAGGAUGGGCUGUAUCUCAUUCCAUGCUUGUUGAUCUCUGUUCACAUUGAUUGGCAAAUAUAGAAAAUGUUAUGCCCUGUUUCGACCUGUUUCGAACCAUGUUUAUUUUUCUGUCAUUUGUCUUUCUGAACAGGCACUUUUUUUACUAUGAAAAUGUACCUUUUUCGUUUCAGAUACCAAAAGACUGAUCUUUAAAUUCUCAAACUCAAAACAGAUUUCCUUUUUUUAUUGUUUUUUCUAUACCUUUGACCUAUCUGUGGUCUUUAUGCAUGAGUUGGUGUAUUUCAAUUACGUUAUUUGAGACUCGAAUAAAAUGAACAAAAUAGACGCCUCAA